AUGGGUCCCAACGAAAAGAGCCGCCCUGACGACGUCAAGGUGCUGGGCGCCGAGACGGGCACCGCCACCAGCGGCAGCCUCCACGACGCCCCCGCCAGCGCCAUCGAGGACGACAACAAGGCACUCGAGAGCCGUGUCACGCGCAAGAUCGACAUGCGCGUCGUGCCCAUGCUGUGCGCCCUGUACCUCACAGCCUACCUCGAUCGUACCAAUAUUGGCAACGCCCGCCUCCUGGGCCUCGAGGCCGAACUCAAGAUGCCCUCAGACGGCUACAACACGGCCAUUUGGGUUUUCUUCCUCACCUUCCCCUUGCGCACGUCCAGUAUGCUAAUAAUUCUGCAGGUGCCGUCGAACCUCGUGAUGGCCCGCUCCAAGAUUCCCCCGCACUGGUGGCUGGGCAUCUCCAUGACCCUGCUCGGCAUCGUCACCAUGUGCCAGGGCUUUGUGCGCAGCCCGGCGCCGCUCUACGUUUGCCGUGCCAUCAUGGGUAUCUUCGAGGGCAGUCUCGGCCCGGCCGCCGCCCUCAUGAUGGGUUCCUACUACCGCAAGCACGAGUUCCCCUUACGCUAUUGCUGCUUCACGACCAGUGCGCUUGUCGGCGCCUCCUUCAGCAGCUUCCUAGCCUACGCCAUCAGCUUCAUGGAUGACGUUCAGGGCAUCAGCGCAUGGCGGUGGAUCUUCAUCCUCGAGGGCCUGUUCAACAUUGUUGUCGCCCUCUUCACCUUUGUGGUGCUGCCGCCCUUCCCGGCCGAGUCCACAUUCCUUGCCCCUGAGGAGAAGCAACAUCUCCUCGACCGCCUGUACCGCGAGCGGGGCGACGAGGCCGACACUCUGCGCGGCCAGCCUUGGAUGUCCUUCCUCUUUGACUGGCAGACGUGGCUCAACAUUGUCAUGUACUUUGGCGCCGACAUGUCCGCUGCCGCAAUCUCGCAGUUCUCUCCGACGAUUCUCAACGAAUUGGGCUGGACCGCCAACGAGGCCAACCUGCGCAACGUGCCCAUCUGGCUGGUGGGCGCCUUCUUCGCCGUGACGGCCAACAUCCUGGCGGGCCGGCUCAAGAUCCGCUUCCCCUUUAUCCUCUUUGGCGCCACGCUCUGCACCAUUGGCUGGGCGAUCCAGCUGUCGCAGGCCAACCCGUCCGGGGUCCGCUACUUUGCCCUCUACUUCAUCGCCACGGGCGCCUUCAUCCAGCUGCCCAUGUGCGUGGCCUGGCUGUCUGCCAACCUGGUCGGUCGGCCGCGCAAGGCCGUCGCCCACGCCCUGCAGAUCGGGUUUGGCAACAGCGCAAACUUUGUGAGCGCAAACGUCUUCAUCACCACCCAGCGGCCCAAAUACCCGACGGGGUUCACCACGGGCCUGGUCAUCACCGUCGUCGGGCUCGUGGCCGCGAGCGUGCUCGAGUACACCCUGUGGACCAAGAACAAGCAGGCGGACCGCAGGGAGGCAAAGGGGGAGCCAGAGACCAAGCUCGUGGGCAAGGAUGGGGUCCGGUUUAGAUACACCUUGUGAGGAGGGGAGAGGUCCCAAGAGCGGAAGGGUCUUUUCUUUCGUCGUAUAGAGUUUUAGUAUUUUGCAACAACAACAACAAUACGAGACCACGACUUGCCAGGCCAUCUCCAGUGUCUAAAGGGAAAAUGGGAGAUGCACUCCACGCCUCCAUUCAGGCCAGUUUCGAGAGACUGCUCAAGCGCAACGGCAGAUUUGCGGUCCGAGUUCUUUGGGCCAUUGUAAUGCCCCGUGAGCGAGUUAUAUUGUACGCCUGACCGGCAUGCUCAGC